AUGAUUAUACAUAGCAUCAUAACGAAGCCCGCGUGCAGUACACAGUUCCCGGCGCUUCCACAGCGCCCUCCCGCUGCCGCGCGGCCCCUGCUGGGAGCCGCGCCAUGCCUCCCGGGCCCACCGACCCCAGGGUACCAGUACGUGCCUACCCGGGGGGCGUCCCGCCGCCCAGAAACCAUCCUGGUGUCAGAGCGGGUCCCUCCCCGCACCACGCCGUAUGCAUCUGACCCGCGCCGCCCGCGCCCGCCGGCCGGGCAGCACGAGCCCGCGCGCCGCCGCCCGCAGCACUGCACCACGCCCCGCGCCACCCGUCCCCGCCCGCGCUGCGCACGACCCAGGCUCCCUCCCCCGGAGUACCGCCAUGCCCCGCGCAUGGUUCCUGAGGCGAGGCACAUGGCGCCCAUGCAGCCGGAGGUGCGCUACAGGGUGCCCAUAAACCACCAUGAAGUUGCCCUCGUGGCGUCGGGGGGGCCCGCCUCCUUCGUGCCCGCAGGAGGGGCAGCCGCCCAGGGCCUCCGCGACCCAAGCUAG